UCUCCAUCUCCAGGCUACUUGCGUACGCAGGCACGUCGGCGGUGAGAAGAAGAUAUGGCUGCAAUGGCGACGACGGUGUUCCAGGCGGGGCCAAUGGAGGUGGAUGUGAAGCACGUGGACAAGAGCAUGAUCCCGAACCUGGCCAAACCGUUGAUGGUGGUGACGCCCAAGGAGGCCGGCGCGUACCCCGUCAUCGUCUUCCUGCACGGCUGGAACAUGGUCAACAGCUGGUACGAGCAGCUCCUCACACACGUCGCCUCCCAUGGUUUCAUCGCCGUCGCACCACAGCUCUACUGGAUGGUGGCCGAGCACGAUGCAGACGACGAGGCUUGCUCCGGUGCUCCCCCUAACCUAAUUUUGGAGGGCCCAGAUCCAAGCCCUGUCUAG